GCUGUGGCAAUGCUGCGACAAGCCCAGAACGACGGUUUCUAUCGGCGUGAACAUGUUCUGAAUCACAUUGGUCAUCGCCUCCGUGCUCGUAGAGAAAUGGCAGAGUGGUACAGUGAUCAAGAAGUGGGGGAGUCCAUCUUGAGACAAGAGAUUGCUGUUCAUCUCUCAAACAAUACGGACAAGUACAACAUGCUCGUGUUUGCGUGGCGCAAAAUGCUCAGCCUAGUUGCUGGCAAAUCGUGCGCGGACUCUGCCGACUCACCGAUGAACCAGGAGAUUCUCCUCGGCGGCCAUUUCUACUUGCAGGUCCUUAAGGAGAAGAUUUCUCAAUGGCUGCAGGCGGUACGCGGUGAGCUGACACGCUCCAUGAAGAUGCACCCGGACAAGUUUGACCUCACCACCAGUGGGACGGUAAUGCGUGCACUUCGCCAUGGUCCUAAUAUCGGACAACAGCUGGAAUAUCUACUCGCCACCGGUAACCUGGUGUCCAAAUCUGGACUUGCACUUCAACAGGUCGCCGGUUUUGCACUGAUGGCUGACAAGCUAAACUUCUAUCGUUACCUGUCCCAUUUUCGGUGUGUACAUCGUGGUGCUUUCUUUGCGGAGAUGAGAACGACGGCUGUGAGGCGUCUACUGCCCGAAGCAUGGGGGUUCCUGUGUCCCGUGCACACUCCGGACGGCUCUCCGUGCGGUUUGCUCAACCACUUGGCGGCGCUGUGCGACGUGACCACCUGCUACCAGUCGGUGGCGCGUCUUCCCGCGCUGCUGACGGCCCUGGGCAUGCAGCCUCACUCCGCCGCUACGCUGAUGAAAACCAGGGUGGCAACCAGGGGAGAGGUAUCGUCAUCAUCGUCCACAUCCCAGUCUUCUACGUCCUCCACCUCGUCGUCGUCGUCUCCGACCAGUGCUGGUGAUCCUUUGUUACCGGUUCUACUCGAUGGCAAAGUGUUGGGUUACGUCCAGGAUGGAGAGUCCAGGGCAUUCUGUGACCAGUUAAGACGCCUCAAGAUUUCCAAUAGCACUGAGGUACCACGAUCGUUGGAAAUUGGCUUGGUGCCAGUCCUGAAAAGCGGCCCGUUCCCCGGCGUCUACCUGUUCUCAGGUCCAGCGCGUAUGGUCCGGCCUGUCAUCCAUCUUGCUGCUCAGACCGUGGAAAUGAUCGGCAGCUUUGAGCAGGUUUGGAUGGAUAUCGCCGUACGACCUUCGGAGGUCAAGAAAGGAAUAACCACACACCAGGAGGUAUCGCCGGGCUGUAUACUGAGUGCAGUGGCCUCACUGACGCCGUUCUCUGACUUCAACCAGAGUCCAAGAAACAUGUACCAAUGUCAGAUGGGCAAGCAGACCAUGGGAACUGCUGCGCAUUCUGUUAAUCACCGUAUGGACAACAAGCUGUACCGUCUACAAACUCCGCAGACUCCAAUGGUUCGACCAGCGAAGCACGAUCUGUUUGGUAUUGACGAAUACCCACCUGGAACCAACGCCAUUGUUUGUGUCAUCUCGUACACGGGUUAUGACAUGGAAGAUGCCAUGGUCAUAAACAAGUCGUCAGUGGAGAGAGGUUUUGCUGCUGCCACCGUCUACAAGAGUACGCUCGUGGAUCUAGCUACAAAGGCAGCCAAUCGACGUGGAGCUUCGACUCUCCAUUUUGGUGUGAAGCCUGGUGACAAGAAAGCCGAAGGUUUGGAAGCGGAUGGUUUUCCACCUAUCGGUACACUCAUGCAAGACGGUAUGCCUUUCUACAGCUAUAUCGACUGUACAACAGGAGUAUCGCAUGUUGAAGUUUAUCGAGGCCAGGAAGCUGGAGUUGUUGGCCAGAUUAAAUUACUCGGCAAUGCAAGGGGUGACCAGUCCAACCAGAGAGCCUACAUCAAGCUGCGAAUUGAGCGCAACCCAGUCGUUGGAGACAAAAUGGCCAGUCGUCAUGGACAGAAAGGUGUUUGCAGCCGUCUGUACCCAGUGGAGAACAUGCCCUUCUCGGAGAGUGGUAUGGUGCCCGAUAUCAUAUUCAACCCCCACGGCUUCCCAUCAAGAAUGACCAUUGGCAUGAUGAUAGAGAGCAUGGCCGGAAAGUCGGCAUCGCUUCACGGACAGUGCUAUGACGCUACUCCCUUCACAUUCUCCGAGAAAGACUCGGCUAUUGAUCAUUUUGGCCGUUCUCUAGUUGAAGCCGGCUACAGUUACUAUGGGAACGAGCGCUUCUACAGCGGAGUUGGAGGCGAGGAACUGGAAGCCGACAUCUUUGUCGGAACAGUAUACUAUCAACGCUUGCGUCAUAUGGUGUCGGAUAAGUUUCAGGUUCGUACUACGGGUCCGAUCGAUCCGCUAACACAUCAGCCUGUGAAGGGACGUAAGCGAGCCGGUGGUAUUCGAUUUGGUGAAAUGGAACGAGACGCCAUGCUUGCUCACGGCACAUCAUUCUUGCUGCAUGACCGUCUGUUUCACUGCUCUGAUCGCUGUGUGGCUCAGGUCUGCUGUAAGUGCGGCUCUCUUCUAUCACCCUGUCCCGACCCGCUGGCCUCCGGGCCAGACGCAGCAACGGGUGCAAACAGUCGUCGCAAGUGGACGUGUCGCUCUUGCCAGAAUGGUGCCAACGUGCACACAGUGGCCGUACCGUACGUGUUUCGAUAUCUCACCGCUGAGCUUGCUGCUCUCAAUAUCAACAUGAAGCUAGGCACCAAGCUGAUAUAGUGUGUUCACUACCACCGUGAGCUUCCUGCUCUCAAUAUCAACAUGAAGCUAGGCACCAAGCUGGUGUAGCGUGUUCACUACCACCGUCCAACGCGCAGGCUUGCUGAAUGGCUGCGAGUUGCACAUGAUGUGUGUAUAUGAUGUGUAUAUAGCACGUGUACGCGGUGGUGUGUACACGAUGUGUAGAUGGUAUGUACAAUGUGUACAGUGUGUGUGUGUGUGUGUGUGUGUGUGUGUGUGUGUGUGUGGUGUGUGGUGUGUGUGUGUGCGUGGUGUGUGUGUGUGCGUGUGUGCGUGCGCGCGCAUGCGUGUGUGCGUAGCAAUGGCGUGUGCUGGAGAGGAUUUUGUGGAUGUUGAGCUUGCUGUGCGUGCAGCAACCAUCCAAGAACAUUCUGUCGUAUUCAUUUGUAAGGAGGCAUGUGAUCGGAGACCCGAUCACGCUUUUUCUCUGCUUGAAUAGAAAGAAAACAAAUUUAACCCUUUUUUAAAACUUG